CACGCGGCAUCUUUUUGGCGGCCAUCACAACGAAGAACUGAAAGUCGCAAGCCAAAACGCAUAAUUUAAUGUGUUGACAAAAAACGCGCAUUUAGAUUUAAAUAAAACGAAACCAAACAAUUUGAAAAUGUCCGCAAGCGCUGCACGAGUUUACAUUCAAGUAGAAAGCGAGGCCGAGCAGCAGGAGCAUCUGAAACAACAACGCAAGACACUAAAGCCAAUUCAGGCUAGCGCCAACGCCAACGACAAGGAGAAUCUAACGGGACGUGUCUCCAUCGUGGAUCAGCUCAGUCGCUUAAAAGCCGGCGUCAAUACAACGCCCAAAUAUGGCAAACGCAAAUGUGUCGAUACAGCGGCCACAACAACAAUAACCACACAGGAUGCCGAUACACAGACCGAAGACUGUGCGUCCACCAGCGAUGCCGAUAAGCCAAUCACAGCGGCUGAUCUGACCAGCGAGAGCGAACCGGGUGAGAACUACUACAAACUGCUAUCGGAGCAGCGACGCGUGGCCCUCGAGGAGACACUCAACGAGAAUCGCCAUUUGCACGAACGCAUCGAGGGACUCGAAGAGGAGAUGAACACGAUGCGGCAAGAGCUGGACGAGGCUAAGACUCUGGUGGAGGUGCUCAAAGAGAUAUGCGACGAGAAUGAUGGCGAUGACGACCAUAAGCACACAGAGGAUCAGCACGAAUAGUUACACGAACUGCUAAAUAAAUAAAUAAAUACAAUUAUUA